GGGGGGGGGGGGGGGGGGAAAGGAAGGAAAAACCCACAGCCCAAGCCGCCUCCAUUCGAGUGUUGUUCCCCUAUAUUCGAAUUGAACUUAGUGCUACUUUCCUCUCUCUAUCAAUCAUUCUUCUUCACAUAUACCCAUUAAAGUGUUUGAGAGGAAGGGUAGAAAUAAAAAUGGCAGUGGCUGCAUAUGGACAGCUGAAUGUUGAAGAAGCGCCAUUAUGGGGUUCUCGUAGUAUCGAUUGCUUCGAAAAACUUGAACAAAUCGGUGAAGGAACUUAUGGGUACAUUGGGAUUGUGUUAUUGGUAUUACUUUUUCUAUUUUGCUGGUGUACUCUUUGUGGGUAAACGAGAACUUGGGCGUAUGACCCCGGGGGUGGGUGGCGGAGCUAGGGUACCGGAAGGGGGUUCAUCUGAACCGCUGUUGUUGAAAAUUACACUGUGUAUACAAGGCAAGUGUACAUGGCUAGAGAAAAAAAAACCGGGGAGAUUGUUGCUUUGAAGAAGAUACGUAUGGACAAUGAGAAGGAGGGGUUCCCUAUAACAGCCAUCCGUGAGAUUAAAAUUCUAAAGAAAUUGCAGCAUGAAAAUGUCAUUAAGCUGAAAGAGAUAGUAACCUCUCAAGGCCCUGAAGGGGACGAGCAAGAGAAGCUAGGAGCAGAUAAUAACAAGUACAAGGGAAACAUCUACAUGGUUUUUGAAUACAUGGAUCACGACUUGACUGGCCUUGCUGAUCGACCAGGGUUGAGAUUCACAAUUCCGCAGAUUAAAUGCUACAUGAAGCAACUGCUUACUGGUCUUCAUUAUUGCCAUGUUAAUCAAGUUCUUCACAGAGAUAUCAAAGGCUCUAAUCUUCUGAUAGAUAAUGAAGGAAAUCUGAAGCUUGCUGAUUUUGGUUUAGCCCGCUCAUUUUCUGGUGAUCACAAUGCUAAUCUGACAAAUCGUGUUAUUACUCUGUGGUAUAGACCUCCGGAGUUGUUGCUUGGAGCCACAAAGUAUGGUCCCGCUGUUGACAUGUGGUCCGUUGGUUGUAUAUUUGCUGAACUUUUAUAUGGAAAGCCAAUCUUACCUGGAAAAAAUGAGCCUGAACAAUUGAACAAAAUAUUUGAGCUUUGUGGAACCCCUGAUGAGAUUAACUGGCCUGGUGUAUCAAAGAUUCCUUGGUACAGCAAAUUCAAGCCAGCAAGGCCAAUGAAAAGACGAGUCAGAGAGGUCUUUAGGCAUUUUGAUCGCCAUGCCUUGGAUUUAUUAGACAAUAUGCUGAAUCUUGAUCCUUCUCAGAGAAUAUGUGCGAAGGAUGCUCUAGAUGGUGAAUAUUUCUGGACCGACCCCUUACCUUGUGAUCCUAAAAGCCUACCUCAGUAUGAAUCAUCACACGAGUUCCAGACUAAGAAAAAGCGGCAACAGCAGAGACAGAAUGAAGAAAUGGCCAAAAGACACAAGCUGCAGCACCCACAGCAACAUUCACGCCUCCCUCCUAUCCAACAGUCUGGGCAAGGUCAUUCCCAGCACUGGGGUGGACAUAAUUCCCAGCCUGCAAUAUCUGCUGGAGCUGGUCAUCAUCAGUAUGGAAAGCCUCGUGGUCCUGGAGGGCCAAAUCGGUAUCCUCCAGGUGGAAACCCUGGUGGGGGUUAUUAUCAAGAUCGUGGGGCACAGGGAGUUGGUUAUAGUAGUGGGGCAUAUCCACCUCAGGGACGAGCCCCACCUUAUCCUGGUAGUGGGGUGGCUUCCAGUGGUCCCCGGGGACCUAGUGGCGGGUAUGGUGGUCCUCCUAAUUACUCCCAAAGUGGUCAAUAUGGAGGUUCUGGUGCAGGCAGAGGUUCUAACCAGAUGAGUGGAAACCGUAACCAGCAAUAUGGAUGGCAGCAAUAGAGUCUGACUUGUGUUUGCAAUAUAGAAAAUCCACUGGCCAGACAGCUUCAAAGAAAACCAAUAUCAAUUGUAAGAAAUUGGGUGCUCAUGCAACAUCGUUUGCAUAUCUUAGAGCUAUAAUGGCACAUGUAAAGGCAUGGUUUUUGUGAAGUCGAGUAGUGGAUCAUUUUUGGCUUAGGUAUACAAAUUUUGUGACAAGCUUUGCUGCUUGAUUCUUUUAAAUAGCAAUUUAUCGUUUUAAACUACAAAUUUUGGAUACUCUGAAUUAAUUCAUAGCCUGGGAUAUGCAUGUAGUGGUGAUGGUUGACACUA